CAGCUAGCCGACUUCCGUGAUAAGUGUUCCCUCUGCUUUGUGUACGAUUGGAUCACCAUUCCUCUAGUCUAUACACAGGUGGUCACUUGGUCAGUCUACAUGUUUUUUGCGGCGUGUCUCAUUGGGCGACAAUUUCUAGACACGAAUCAAAACUACCCCGGCCACGACCUCGAUCUGUACGUGCCUGUCUUUACUCUCAUGCAGUUUUUCUUCUACAUGGGCUGGUUAAAGGUAGCGGAACAGUUGAUCAACCCAUUCGGGGAGGACGACGACGAUUUUGACAUCAACUGGUUAUUGGACCGACAUACAGCGGUGGCGAUGACCCUAGUCGACUAUAUGUACGGUAAACACCCGGCCCUGAUGAAGGACAUGCAUUUUGGCGAGGUAAUGACAGAACUCCCAUACACCGAGGCGUUCUUAGCAUCAAGGAAACCAGUCUUCCUCGGCUCAACUUACAACCUCACUGUACCAACAUUACAGGAACAGCGGAUUAUAUCUCCGGAAGAGGUUUUUAUGACAUCACAGCCAAGGCGACGAACGUCACAUGGAAGUUACUUCGCUGGCUCUAUGCUGAGUCUGCUAACCGGGAGGUCGUCUUCCCAGGCAAGAUCUCAGCUAUACAUGCCCCAGGACUAUACAGACUAUCGACAUUUACCCAAUGGCCACGCGGACCAUUUUAAUGGCCAUCUACAUCAGGAUAGGUUUGUUUCGGUCGAUAUGGGCCUUCGUAAUAAAGUUAAAGGGCAGGGAGAAUUUUCAUCGUGGUCCUCGGAUUCGGAACUGCGCAAAGGAAAUAGACUGGAGAGUCACUUUGGAAGAGCAAGAUCUCAUACAGACGCAAAUGAACGAGAUCUAGAAAAAGACUUGAGAAAAGAACGUCAUCGGAAAGUAAGUUUUCCAUUGAGUUUACUGAGAAGACUUCGUUCGCAUUCCGAAAAAUCUAGCCCCGGGAGUUCUAAAAGUGUCCAAUAUGAUCAUGAGCAUGAUACCACACCGGAGUAUGUACCCUUACGACGUGCUACUAUAAUACAGGAAGCCAAUAAACGUGUCAAACCGAACGUCGACCGAAACACGGAAAAUGAGUUACCCUCUUGGGAUGUUAAAACGAAAACAUAGUGAUUCAUCAGAAGGAGGAGAAUCAGAAGACUCUGUUCCAGCAGACAUUGUAAUGCAACAAACCAAACCAUCACGUCGCCGUACUGUCCAGUUUGAUCCACUAACCUACUUCAGCAACGAUCCAUCCAUGCCUUCGCGUGUUCUUCUUCGGCCUUAUACUCGUUCUCAGAAGCGAGCAAGGGAUCUAGAGGGGUAAUUCCUUACUCACAAUGGCGAGCAAGGAGUAACAGAUAUAUUACUCCUGAGGGGUAACGAACGACGCUUCUGUAAUUAUUUGUUAUUGUUGGUGGAGGGCUGAUAAUAGGCUGGUGAUAAGGUGGUGCUAUAAGAAUGGUUAUGACGGUAUAGUUGUUGGAAAAGAGCGGACACGGGAUCAUGGUGAUGAUGGCUAACUAUGUGUACAAUAUUGGACCAAAAGCCUCCUGAAUAAGGGGUCAUAUUGGUAUCACUGCAAACACCAAAUCAUCUAUCUGAAAUACUUUGAAAAGUAAAAACGUGAAAAUGGUCACACAUUGAAAUGUCUACAUUAUGUAUUGUUUAGCGUGUUCAUUUCUAUUACUUUCUUUACUUAGUUUUACUGUAGAACACGUGCCGGACGGAUAUGACAUAGAAGAAACAACCCAUCGAAGAAACGCUCAGAUUAUUGAGAAAGCGAUGACGGGGAAAGCUGUGUCUCGUGCACCGUUGCUGUCCGCCAUUGAGGAAGGCGGCACGAUAACGAGUCUGACCCAGAUUCUGUCCAGCGACGAUGAGGAGGAAGCUGGAGAGUCGGGCAGGAUGGAACUUAUUCCGGAGAUUUAUGAGGAACAACAGCCAGACAUGAAACAUGAAAGCGAGGCAGCAGUUCCUGCUGAAUGUCCAAGUAUCAUCAUACCCACCGUUACCAUAGACGAUUACUCUUAAACGUACAUUAACCAUUGUAUAUCUCGUAGAUUAUGGAUUUGCUUGUUUACAACUGUUUUAUGUUAAUAAAUCAUUUUUUGAAAGAA